AGCUCACUCGGUUAAGAGACCGGUUUAAGACAAGUGGAAUUGAUACACCGACAAACGAAAAACACGAUCUGGAUUAGUAUUCUUUUACAAGUUUAAAGGACAAAUGUAUUAUUUGAACAUCGCCGAUGGUUAGCAACCCGUGCAUUUAUGCUGUUUGUAAGUAGCCUCAGCACAUGAAGCGAGGGUGUUUUUUAUUUUAUCUUGAAGCACUGGCUAUUCAAUAUUGCAUAUUGAAUAAGAAUAGGACACUGCCGUGGACGAGAUUUAUAUGCUAACUGGGGCGACGGAAUCAUCAGUGGGCCAUAUAGCUCCAGACGUACAGGCUUCUCAGAGACGCCGAGUCCCGAAGAUGAUUUCGCAAAGACCGGUUUUCUGAUAAACCCAGAGGACUGAAAAGCAAGAAAUUAAGCACCUUAUAGGAGGAAGAAAGAGAAGAGGUGAACAAGACAAGAGGCCAGGAGGGAGCGGCAUCUCCAAACACACUGCUACAGUGGCCAUGUCUUCGCGGGACCGCCGUUCCGACCUGCACAUCAAGGCGGAGCCCAGCAGCCCGGAGGGCGGGGGCGGCGGGCGGGCCAGCCCGGGGGGCGCCUCCUCAGACUCCUCCCACAGCGGCGGGGGGGGGCCCAGGGGGGAAAGCGCCGGCCGCUACUCCCCGCCCCUCAGCACCCCGCCCCUGCGCUGCCACUUCAAGGAGGAGGGCGGGGACGGGGCGGAGGAGGGCUCCACGGGGAGCGGCGGCAGGUGCAAGUACGCUCUGAGCACGCUCCCGAAACGCCUGUGCCUGGUGUGCGGGGACGUGGCGUCGGGCUACCACUACGGCGUGGCGUCCUGCGAGGCCUGCAAGGCCUUCUUCAAGAGGACCAUCCAAGGUAACAUCGAGUACAGCUGUCCAGCGUCCAACGAGUGCGAGAUCACCAAGAGACGCCGGAAGGCCUGCCAAGCCUGCCGCUUCACCAAGUGCCUGAAAGUGGGCAUGCUCAAAGAGGGUGUGCGUCUCGACCGGGUGAGAGGGGGCAGACAGAAGUAUAAGAGGCGCCCGGAAGUGGAGAACGCAGCCUAUCAGCCGCCCACACUCCCGCUGAGGAAAGAGGGAGAGCGAGGCUCCUCCAACAUCAUCGUGUCCCACCUGCUGGUGGCAGAGCCGGAGAAGCUGUUCGCCAUGCCGGACCCCCUGCAGCCCGACACCGCCCUGCGCACCCUCACCACGCUCUGCGACCUGGCCGACCGCGAGCUCGUCGUCAUCAUCGGCUGGGCCAAGCACAUCCCCGGCUUCCUGUCCCUGUCGCUGGCAGACCAGAUGUCCGUGCUGCAGUCGGUGUGGCUGGAGGUGCUGGUUCUGGGGGUGGCUUUCCGCUCGCUGGGCUGCGAAGACGAGGUGGUUUUCGCAGAGGACUUCGUCCUGGACGAGGAGAUGUCCCGUCUGGCCGGCCUCACCGAGCUCAACGGCGCCAUCAGCCAGCUGGCCCGCCGGUACCGGGCCCUGCAGCUGGACCGCGAGGAGUUCGUCAUGCUGAAGGCCAUCGCUCUCACCAACUCAGACUCGGUGUACAUAGAGGACAUGGAGGCGGUACAGAAGCUGCGGGACCUCCUGCACCAGGCCCUGCUGGAGAUGGAGUCCCAGCGCAGGCCUGAGGACCCCCGGCGGGCAGGCCGCCUCCUGCUCACCCUGCCCCUCCUCAGGCAGACGGCCGGCCGCGCCCUCACCACCUUCUACGGCAUUAAGACCCGCGGGGGUGUCCCCAUGCACAAGCUCUUCCUGGAGAUGCUGGAGGCCAUGAUGGACUCGCCAUAG